AUGGAUGACACCAAGGUGAAUGGUGCAGUUGACGUGCCUGAGAGAUGGGAUGCCACCCAGAGGGACCUGGACAGGCUUCAGAAGUGGGCCUGUGAGAACCUCAUGAGGUUCAACAGGGCCAAGUGCCCAGAAUUAGUUUGCACUGAGAUUCCUAAGAACCGAGCCACGAAAGCACUAGCUGUAGACCCUCUUGUGCUGGAAUCCCCUCAGAAGUUCUUCUUGCGUGUAAAGCAGAAAUUGCAGCAGCAGAAAUUGCAGCAGCAGCAGCAAAAAGAUCCAGCACCUUCAAACCCAAUCAAGCAGAACAUUCCUCCUUCCACAGCUACAGAAAAGCCAUUAGUAGAAUCUGCUUUUGCUGAGCAGCUCGGGAAUGAUCCUACAGAGCAUGUGGCCACUGAUAAGGAUGAUCAGGAUAACUUCCUUGUGGAAUCAAUGGAUGCUGAUGAUGAAAUGUCUCAAAAUACUAGUUCAGUGAUUUUAAGCCCCCUCCCUUUUAAAAAUGGGCAUCAGUUAGAAGAAGAGUCAAGAAAUGGAGAAGCAAAACACACUGAACUUCAUCAAGACAGAAGAGAAUUGCAGCCAAGUAAUAAACAAGCUGCUCAUGGAGUGGAAAAGACAGUAGAGACUAAUUGUCAAAAGCUUUCGCAGUGCUUAUGUAGUAUUAUGCUCUCUUCUCCCAAAGUCCACAUUCCAAGGAAGCAAGAGCUGAAAAAUAACUGUAAGGUCCCUUUGGAUAAACCUCGCACAGAUAAAGUUGCUGGCAAAGCAGACAAGGAGAAAAAUGUCUGCCUAACCAGUUGGAGAAUUACAGUGAUGGAUGGUAACACUGCAAUAUGCGUUGAAGGAAAACGGAAAGACAUGGAAGGUAUGCUUUGGCAUAGUAAUGCAAUCGUGGAAUGCAUAGCACACAACCAAGUUAGAUCAUCAUCUGGCAGUAUCUACUUGCUACAGGGAAAUAUAGAUUCAGCUUCGAUGAGAAAAGAAGGAUUUCCCUACCGUUUCAUCAAAAGAUUUACAUAUGGGUUUUCCAAAAGGUGGAAGGAAUAUGUUGAGGAGUUUCUUGAGGAAAGAAGAAGGAAAGAACGAAAACAAAAUACUGGUGAGGAUGAAAAUGAAGACAGUGACCCAGUGGUGGGUACAGAUGUGUUGAAAAAUGCAGAAGACUCAGCAAGAGAUGUAAAGAAACCUGAAACCAGAAACACCACCUAUGAAGUACUACCGAAUAGUGAUGGAAACAAUUAUGUAACACCAAACCGCAAUUCCGUAUUGAAUAAUUCAAACGGAGUUUACACUCGUAGUGGCCGUCUUGUUAAACCACCGUUAAGUUUCUGGUGUGGGCAACGUGAGUUGGUUGAUCAGCAACUAAAUGUUACUAUAGAAAAAGGUGGAAUAGAUUAUCUGAGCGUGAUGUUUAGUAGUGAAAAAUCUCAAAGACAGACCAGUUCCAUCUCUAAGAAGAAAAGAAAGGAAGAAAUGAAGACAACAGAAGAAACACCAAAAAGCCAAAGUAAUGGGGAAAACAAUGAAAAAGGAGUAAGUUCCAAAAGAGCAACCAAAUCCGCUGGAAGCAGGGAGGCCAGGCGCUUCCUUUCAGAUGACGAGGAAAGUGAUCGUGCAGUUGAUAGUACAAAAAUUAAAAGACAGCUUUCUGUUAAGCAGACUCCCUUAAAUACUGAUGUACUAAACAAAAACAACUAUAAUAGCAGAAUCCCAGGAAAGUCAAAUGAAAAGAGAGGAACAGAAUAUGGAGAACUGAAUAUGUAUCAGCAGGUUUACAAGUACUCUUUAAGGUCAGGCAAACAACUUCAAGACAAGCAAUUAACAGAAGAGCCAUCAAGCAAGGAUGAGGAAGAGGAAUCCAGUGAAGAUAUCCCACUCUGUAUCAAAAGGAAAACUAAACAUUUAUCUAAAAAAGAGACUCAAAACUCUAAAUCUUCCUCGAACUGUAAAAGUUCACAGGAUGAUGCAAACAAGGUACCGGGUGAACAAAGGACAGUAAAACACUCUACUGCCUCCCGUAACGUGCCGUUGAGGCAAAGUGUGCCUGGAUCCAGUGAUGGUUCCGAUUUACUUGAAGGAAAAACACCUGCUAGUGACUCCAAUACUUCCCAUUUGCCUGAUAAGGCAAGGAGGACAAGAAGCAGCAUCGACCCUCCAAGGUCUUUGUUUGAAUCUGGCACUGAGCCUGAAACCAGUGAAGAGGAAUUUCGAGUGAAAGAAAAGAAUCCAAAAGUAUCUGAUAAACCCCCAAAUACUAAAGUUUCUAAUACUGCCAAGUGUUCAGCAGCGGAAACAAGAGAACCUGAGAGGGAAAAGGUGCGGAAAUCUCUAGAACUUUUUCCACACGCAACUGAUGGUUGGUCUGAAAAGGAAUUACAGAAGCUCCACAGGGCCGUUGCUUCCUUUCCAAAGCACAAGAAUGGCUUCUGGGUGGAGGUGGCCAUGGCGGUAGGGUCUCGCUCUGCUGAAGAAUGCCAUCAGAAGUAUGUAGAAGAACAAGAGGCAAAAAGUUCCCAAACGCAUGCCAAGAAGACCACUGCUUCAGGGAAAGCAGAACAGAAAGGCAACAAAGAGUCGGUUGCGAUAACUGCCAAAAUGGGAACCUUAAAAAGAAAGCAGCAGAUGAGAGAUUUCCUGGACCAUUUGCCGAAGGACAACCAUGACGAUAUUUUCACUGCGACACCCUUUCAGAACAGAAGAGUAAAGUUGCCAACGUUCCGGGGAAGCCAAGAUGACGAUGACGACUUUGCACUUACGGACAACCCGAUCACACCUUCUUCAGCUGUCUUCCCCCUGGUGAAAACCCCUCAGUGUGAGCACAUCAGCCCUGGCAUGCUGGUACCCAUCAACAGGAACGAUUACGACAGGCACAUGUUCCGCAUGCAGAAGAACACACAGGGCAGCAGAGGCACCUGGGACAAGGUCAAGAAGAAGUCGAAGCGGCACAGACCUCUGUUGUAG